UUUUGCCGCGAAACUCUCCUUUUCCUCUCUCCCUCGCUUUCUCUUGGGCUUCCAGGGACUGGGGAGCAAACCUGGUAGUGUCACCCACAAAUACCAAGAGGGAAGAGGGAAGCUUCACAAAUUACUGGAGCUUCUUCAACAUGGCUGACAAAUAUAGUUUUAAUUCCCCCCCACCCCUUUAAACCUGUAGUUCUGUGUCUCUUCUCUCUCCUACUCAUGCUCGAUCCCUCCUUCUCCAGAAAACUUACCUUUGUACACCGACCAGCCGGUUUCCCGGCCUUUUAUCCUCAGGAAAGUGAUUUUUCUUUCUUUGCUUUCCUUUUUAAAAUAGUUCAGCUUUGGGGGGCACUACUUUUCCCUUUAAUCCUCUUCCCCUAUUUCUUUCGGGGAAGUCAAAGGAGUCUCUGGUUUAUCCUAAACCACCCUGGGGAGAAACACGGACGGGGUGUUUUUGGACCCUUUUAUCUGCUGUAGGGUUUGGGUCUGGGUCUUUGGUUUGUGUCUGCUGCUCCCUACCCCCUCGUCCCCCUCCUGGGAAGUGCACUAAGCGAAUGUCACCGGGAGUGGAAUUGGAAUACACUGAGUGGAGUUUUGUUUUUUCUUAAGUCCGCGCGUUUUGUUAGUGGCGCUGAGUCAAAGAGGAAAGAAUAGUUUCUCUGGUUCCCCAAACAAGACCAGAACCCACUUUUCUCAAGGUCCAGAAGCUCUGCGUGGGCAGCGCCUUCCAGUCUGGGAAAUGUGUGUGAGAGAAUUUGUGGGCAAAUCUGUGUCCUGGCUUUGUGCUUCUCCCGAAUCAGCUUCCUUCGGUUCCCUGGCUGGAAAACAUUCAGCAGCAGACCCUCUCAAGAUUAUCUACUUGCCCUUGCUCCUGUUGAGUUGCCACAUGUGGAAGCAGGAGAUGGGCUCAGCAGCAGCCAACAGGACAUGAUCCAGGAGGAGCAGUGAGGGAUCGAACUGCUGAAUUCAUUCAAAGGGCAGCCUUGUGGAUGGCCCCGAAGCAAGCCUGAUGGAACAGGAUAGAAUCAACCAUGCUGACGGCAACAGACUAAGUCCAUUCCUGAUUCCAUCACCUUCUCCCAUCUGCCAGACAGACCCUCUGGCCAUAAAGCUCCAGAAUGGAAGCCCACUAACUGAGAAACCUCCUCCAGAGGUAAAUGGAGACACCAAGUGGCAGUCUUUCAACAGUUAUGGAAUACCCCAUAUGAAGGGUAGCCAGAGUACUUGCCGAAGUCCAGACUUAAUGCAGGAAGACAGAGGGUAUUCCAAUCACUUGCAAAAUGGAGGAAUAAAACGCACAGUUAGUGAACCAUCUCUCUCUAGGCUCCAUCAUAACAAGAAGUUAAAAGCAGACCAAAAAGCUAAGGGAGAAAAAAAUGACUUCGGGGAAAGCCAAGAAAGAAAUCCAGGUGAAAGCAGCAGUCAACCAAACGUCUCCGAUUCGAGUGGUAGGAGAGAAUCUGAAAGCUCCACAACUCAAGAAAAUGCAGUUCAAGAUUUCACCAGUUUUUCAGCUCAUAACUGCAAUGGGUCUGAAAAUCCAGAGCUUCAGAUUCUAAAUGAGGAGAAGGAAAAAAAUGCUAACAACUACCAUGGCAAGAACAUUGAGUUACUUCUUAAAAACAAGGCAGUGCUAAUGCCUAAUGGUGCUACAGUUUCUGCCUCUUCCAUGGAAAACACACACGGUGAACUCCUGGAAAAAACACUGUCUCAAUAUUAUCCAGAUUGUGUUUCCAUUGCGGUGCAGAAAACCACAUCUCACAUAAAUGCCAUUAAUAGUCAGGCUACUAAUGAGUUGUCCUGUGAAAUCACUCACCCAUCACAUACCUCAGGGCAGAUCAAUUCCCCACAGACCUCGAGUUCCGAGCUGCCUCCAGAGCCAGCUGCCGUGGUGACUGAGGCCUGUGAUGCUGAUAAUGCCAGUAAACAGAUUGCAGUGCUAGGUACCUGUCCCUUCCAGAAACCAGAACAACUACAACAACAAAAGUCAGCUUUUGAGAUAAGCCCAUCUUCUUCAGAAAACAGUAACAUCCAAGGAAACAUGAAGCUAGUGUCUGGUGAAGAAUUCUGUUCAGGUCCCAGCAGCAACAUGCAAGCUCCCAGUGGCAGCUCUGAACAGUAUUUAAAGCAAAAUGAAAUGAAUGGUGCUUACUUCAAGCAAAGCUCAGUGUUCACUAAGGAUUCCUUCUCUGCCACUACCACACCACCACCAUCUCAAUUGCUUCUUUCUCCCCUUCCUCCUCUCUCUCCUGCUCUUCCUCACCUUCCUUCAGAAGGAAAGAGCACUCUGCACAAUGGAGUUUUGGAAGAACACCAUCACUACCCCAACCAAAGUAACGUAACUCUUUUGAGGGAAGUGAAAAUGGAGGGUCAACCUGAGGUACCAACAUCACAGAAUCCUAAUCCAUCUAUACAUGUAUCCACCCCCUCCCUAAUCCUUCCAGAAGAGCCUCAGAAUAAUUGUGUUAGUAAGAAUGGCCUACUGAUGCCAGGGACAAUGACUGCCCCGAUGUGUCCUGAGAAAAGAAGACCAACAUCGGAACAUCUCAAGCAUCAUCCACCAAUUCUUGGUAGCAGUGGAGAUUUACAGGACCACUGCCAGCAAUUGAUGGGACACAAAGAACAAGAGAUGCUGAAGGAUCGAGACAAGAAACAAACACAAGAUCUUGCGCUCCCAACACAGCACUACCUGAAACCAGGAUGGAUCGAAUUGAAGUCCCCUCAUUUUCACCAAGCAGAAUCCCAUCCAAAAUGUAAUGAGGCAUCACUGCGGUCCAUUCUUCAGUUUCAGUCCAAACCUAAUCAAAUGACCUCCAAACAAUACACUGGAAAUUCCAGCACACCUGCAGGGCUUGAGAGGCAAGCUUACAUCCAGAAAACAAUGAGGCCAGAGCAGAAGUCACAAAUGUACCAAGUUGAGAUGAAUCAAGGGCAACCUCAAGGUAUGGUGGACCAACAUCUCCAGUUCCAAAAAAACUCACACCAGGUGCAUGUCUCCAAGACAGACCCUUUAACUGAAGCUCAUGUGCAGGCACCUUGUGCCCCUAGAUUUAAUUUUCAACAAAGAACAGAUCCCCAAACUGAGAAACUCAUGUCCCCAUUGUUAAAACAGCCCUUGAAUCAACAGGCUUCAGAGACUGAGCCAUUUUCAAACUCACACCUUUUGCAACAUAAGCCUCAUAAACAGGCAGCACAAACACAACCAUCCCAGAAUUCACAGUUUCGUCCAAACCAGCAGCAGCAAAAGUUACAAAUGAAGAAUAAAGAACAAAUGCCUCAGACUUUGCCUCAUCCCCAAGGUCACAGUGAUCAGCAAAGAGAAGGAUCAUUUUUUUGCCAGAUUAAAAUGGAAGAAUGCUAUAGUGGUGAAAAUCAGUAUUCAAAAUCAAGUGAGUUCCAAACUCAGAAUGCUCAAAUGGGAUUGGAGCAAGUACAGAAUACAAGUAAUAGAAAUUCAUCUUAUGGCCAGAUCUUAAAAUCAAGUGCAAGCAAAGUGCAAAUUUCCUGUUCAAACAAUACGCACCCAGUUCCAGAGAAUAAAGAACAAACUAUACGUUCUGAACUCUUUACAAUGAACAAGACCCCAAACUUGCAUCACAUGCAGUAUUUUCCAAAUAAUGUGACCCCAAAGCAAAAUAUUCUUCAUAGGUGCUUUCAAGAACAAGAGCAGAAGUCUCAACAGGCUUCAGUUCUACAGGGAUUUAAAAACAGAAACCAAGAUAUAUCUGGACAACAAGCUGUACAAGUAGUUCAGCAAAGGUACUUGAUGCAAAACCAGGCAAAGACUUUCCCAGUGCCUGACCAGGGAGGAAGUCACAUUCAGACCCCUCCCCAGAAGGACGUUCAAAAGCACGCUGCACUAAGGUGGCACCUCUUACACAAACAAGAACAGCAGCAAGCGCAGCAAACCCAACCUGAGUCUUGCCAUAAUCAGGUGCACAGGCCAAUUAAGAUUGAACCUGGAUCCAAGCCCCAUGCCUGUAUGCGGCCUGUGUCAGCACAGCAAGAAAACAAAACAUGGAAAAAAAUAACUAAGCAAGAGAUUUCAUCUCCAAGCUGUGACAAUGUUCAGCAGAAGAGCAUCAUUGAGACCAUGGAGCAGCAUCUAAAGCAGUUUCAGGUCAAAUCAUUAUUUGACCAUAAGGCUUUUAGUCUCAAAUCACAGAAACAAGUAAAAGUGGAAAUGUCAGGGUCCAUCACAGUUUUAACUAGACAAACCACUGCUGCCGAUCUUGAUAACCAUAUCCCAGGUUUAGAGCAGCCCACAACUUCAGAAAAGACACCAACCAAAAGAACAGGUGGUUCUCUUCUGGGUACUUUUAUAGAGUCACCUUCCAAAUUACUAGAUACUCCUGUAAAAAAUUUAUUGGAUACACCUGUCAAGACUCAAUAUGAUUUCCCAUCAUGCAGAUGUGUAGAGCAAAUUAUUGAAAAAGAUGAAGGUCCUUUUUAUACCCAUCUAGGAGCAGGUCCUAAUGUGGCAGCUAUUAGAGAAAUCAUGGAAGAAAGGUAUGGAGAGAAGGGUAGAGCUAUUAGGAUUGAAAGAGUCAUCUAUACUGGUAAAGAAGGCAAAAGUUCUCAGGGAUGUCCUAUUGCCAAAUGGGUGAUUCGCAGAAGCUGCCUUGAGGAGAAGCUCCUGUGUUUGGUGCGUGAGCGAGCUGGCCACACCUGUGAGGCUGCAGUGAUUGUGAUUCUCAUCCUGGUGUGGGAAGCAAUUCCGCUGUCUCUGGCUGACACACUCUACGUGGAGCUAACCAGCACACUGAGGAAAUAUGGCGCGUUCACUAAUCGUCGUUGUGCCCUGAAUGAGGAGAGAACCUGUGCCUGUCAGGGGCUAGAUCCAAAGACCUGUGGUGCCUCCUUUUCUUUUGGUUGUUCAUGGAGUAUGUAUUAUAAUGGAUGCAAGUUUGCCAGAAGCAAGAUUCCAAGGAAAUUUAAGCUACUUGGGGAUGAUCCAAAAGAGGAAGAGAAACUAGAGGCUUAUUUUCAAAACCUGUCAACUCUUAUCGCACCAAUAUACAAGCAACUUGCACCUGAUGCGUAUAAUAAUCAGAUUGAAUAUGAACACAGAGCUCCAGAGUGCCGUCUGGGUCUGAAGGAAGGCCGUCCAUUCUCAGGGGUCACCGCAUGUUUGGAUUUCUGUGCUCACGCCCAUAGAGAUUUGCACAACAUGCAGAAUGGCAGCACAGUGGUCUGCACGCUCACUAGAGAAGACAAUCGACAAAUUGGAGUACAUCCUGAGGAUGAACAGCUCCACGUAUUGCCUUUAUAUAAAAUCUCUGAUAUAGAUGAGUUUGGGAGUGUAGAAGGUCAGGAGGAGAAAAAACGAAAUGGUGCCAUUCAGGUACUGAGUUCUUUUCGGCGGAAGGUCAGGAUGUUAGCAGAGCCGGUCAAGACUUGCCGACAGAGGAAACUGGAAGCCAAGAAAGCUGCUGCCGAAAAGCUUUCCUCUCUGGAGAACAACUCGAAUAAGAAUGAAAAGGAAAAGGUGGCCUCAUCACGCACAAAACACACAGAAAGUACAAACCAGACGAAGCAGUUGACAGAACUUUUGCGACUUUCAGGACCAGUCAUGCAGCAGUCCCAGCAGCCCCAAUCCCAACAACAGCAGCAGCGACCCCAGCAGCCCCAGCACACUCAUCAGCAGCCGCAGCAGCCCCACCACACCUUGAAUAAUCACCCUCAGUCAGAGUCUGUCAGCUCUUACUCGUCAUCUGGACCCACCAAUCUAUACAUGAGACGGCCCAAUCCCAUCAAUCCUUACCCAAGCUCUUCACAUACUUCGGAGAUUUAUGGAGGCACCAACGCUAUGAAUCUCUAUUCCACCUCAUCCCAAGCUGCAAGUUCAUAUUUGAGUUCUUCUAAUCCCAUGAACCCCUACCCUGGACUUUUAAAUCCAAAUAACCAAUAUCCAUCCUAUCAGUGCAAUGGAAAUGUGUCAAUGGACAACUGCUCCCCUUAUCUGGGUUCCUAUUCUCCCCAGUCUCAGCCAAUGGAUCUGUAUAGGUAUCCAAGCCAAGACCAUCUCUCUAAGCUGAAUCUGCCACCCAUCCAUACACUUUACCAGCACAGAUUUGGAAAUAGCCAGAGUUUUACCACUAAGUACUUAGGUUAUGGAAACCAAAAUAUGCAGGGAGAUACUUUCAGCAGUUGUACCAUUAGACCAAAUGUACACCACGUAGGGUCAUUUCCUCCUUAUUCCACUCACGAGAUGGAGGGCCACUUCAUGGGUGCUGCCUCUAGAUUACCACCUAAUCUGAGCAAUCCAAACAUAGACUGUAAAAGCGGUGAACAUCAUCCACCUUCUCACAUAAUCCAUAACUACAAUGCAGCUUCAAACAUGAUCAACAGCUCUAUUCACACCCUGCAUCUCCAAAACAAAGAGAAUGACGUGCUUUCCCACACAGCUAAUGGUCUAGCUAAGAUGCUUCCAGGGCUUAACCAUGAUAGAACUGCUUCUGUCCAAGGUGUAUUACACAAAUUAAGUGAUGCUAACAGUCAGGAGAAGGAGCCUGCCACACCAGUCCAGGGAGCGGCUUCUACUGCAGAGGAGGAGGAAGAGGUCUGGUCAGACAGUGAGCAGUGCUUUCUGGAUCCUGACAUUGGGGGAGUGGCUGUGGCUCCGACUCAUGGGUCAAUUCUCAUCGAGUGUGCAAAGCGUGAGCUGCAUGCCACAACCCCCUUAAAGAAUCCCAAUAGGAUGCACCCCACUAGGAUCUCCCUUGUCUUUUACCAGCACAAGAGCAUGAAUGAGCCAAAACAUGGCUUGGCUCUCUGGGAGGCCAAAAUGGCAGAAAAAGCCCGUGAGAAAGAAGAGGAGUGUGAGAAGUAUGGCCCGGACUACGUGCCUCAGAAAACCCAUGGCAAAAAAGUGAAACGGGAGCCCACUGAGCCGCAUGAGCCUUCCGAGCCUACUUACCUGCGCUUCAUCAAGUCCCUUGCUGAAAAGACCACAUCUGGGACCACAGACUCCACAAUAACUACAUCUCCAUAUGCCUUCACUCGGGUCACAGGGCCUUAUAACAGAUACAUAUGAUGAUGUCCUUUUUGUUGAUAACCUCGUUUGGAUAGACCACAACAUAUUUGUCAGUAGUGUAGCUCUCGUGACGUGGCAGUGGGGAAAGGUCACAGUAUUCAUGACAAAUGCGGUGGGAAAAACCUCCACUCACCAGCAAAAAUAAAAAAGGUCAUCUUACCAUAGCACUUAAUUUCAGCAGACUCCCAGGUGGUCACAGAUGGCAUCCAGGAAAAAGACCAAAGCAUUCUAUGCAAAAAGAAGGUGGGGAAGGAAGUGUUCCACAAUUUACAUUUUUAAACACUGGUUCUAUUAUUGGAUGAGAUGAUAUGUAAAAUGUGCUUUUCUUUUCCCCUCUCUUAUAAUUUAACACAUCUGUGACCACUUUUAAUAAUACCAAGUUUGCAUAGUCAUGGAACACAAACAAGUACUGUAGUAUUACGGUUGUAGGAAUCUUAAAAUACCAUCUGGUGCUGAAUACACAAUGUACUGAAAUACUGGAAUUAUGACUUUUUAACAUGCAGUUUUUACUGUAAUUAACUUUUAUUUAUCAAAAUAGCUACAGGAAGUGUAAAUGAUUAGCAGCAAAACACUGAAUUUGUUUGGAUGUUCUACGAAAUGGUGCUAAGAAAAUGGUGUCUUUAAUAGCUAAAAUUUUAAUGCCUUUAUGUCAUCAAGAUGCUAUCAGUGUACUCCAGUGCCCUUAAAGAAGGGGCACCUUUCAUUCAAGUUUUUAUCAUAAUUACUUGUUCUUACACAAAGCUUAGUUUUUAAGAUGUGGACAUUUUAAUGGCCUCUGGAUUUUGCUCAUCCAGUGACGUCCUUGUAGGACAGUAAACGUAUAUAUGUACAUAUAUGCACACACCUUUGUAUAUGUGCACAUACAUGUAUAUGUAUAAAUAUUUUAAAUGGUGUUUUAGAAGCACUUUGUCUACCUAAGCUUUGGCAACUUGAACAAUGCUAAGGUACGGAGACAUUUUAAAAAUAUAGUUUACUUUCAUUUUAGUAUGAAAAGUUGAUUUUUUUUAAAGGAAAUAAAGGAGAGCUUUUAAAACAUUUUUGCUUUUAGCCAUGCAUCUGCUGAUGAGCAAUGUGUUCAUUUUUAACACAGCCAGUUAAAUCCAAAAUGAGGCUUACUGGAUUCAAGGUAAUAUAUUAGUCCACAAAACAUGUGUUUCCUGGUGCUCAUCUCACAUGCUAUACUGUAAAAACAGUUUUACACAGAAUUAUAUGACAAGGUCAUUGCUCAAAUAUGUACAGUUUUAAUGAUUUUCUGUUAACUGCAGGUAACAAUUAGCCGCAUGCUACCGAUUCAGCAAAGCUUGUACACUUCAACCUAUGCUAUUUUAUGGAUCUAUAUGCUCUUCAGAGUACUAAAUGGCAGUCUGCCUUUGUGUCUGAUUAUGUACUUUGUGAUGUUGUCAUUUCUUAGCGUGUCCUCCUUUCCAAGGAAGAUUGAGUGGACUGAUGCCUGUAGAAGAUGAAUAAGCAGGGUUAGUUCCACGUGAAUCUGUUGGUUAAAAAGAUAAACAGGCAGCUGGUUUGCUGUGGUGGUUUUAAAAUCAUUAAUUUGUAUAAAGAAGAAAGAGUUGUAUAGUAAAUUAAAUUGUAAACAAAACUUUUUUAACAAUGCUUUAGUAUUUUAGUACUGUAAAAAAUUUAAAUAUAUACAUAUAUAUCUAUAUAUAUGGCAUUGAAGCAGAAUUCACAUCAUGAUGGUGCUAUUCAGCCUGCUACAAAUAUAUCAUAAUGUGAGCGAAGAAUUCAUUAAAGGUUUGAGUGAUGUUCCUACUUGUCAUAUACCUCAACACUAGUUUGGCAAUAGGAUAUUGAACUGAGAGUGAAAGCUUAAUAGCAUUGUGUACCAUCAUUUUUUUCCAAGUCUUUUUUUUUUUAAUUGUUAAAAAACAUACCUUUUUUUUUCAAUACUUGAUUUCUUAGCAAGUGUAACUUGAACUUCAACCUUUUUGUUCUAAAAAUUCAGGGAAAUUUCAGCUCAUGUUCUCCUUAUGCCAAUGUGUCACCUGUGUUUAUGUAAAAUUGUUAUAGGUUAAUAAAUAUAUUCUUUUUUCAGGGAUUUAACCCUUUAUUUUGAAUCCCUCCUAUUUUACUUGUAUAUAUACUGAUGUAAGUAAAACUAAUUUUGUAAAUCUGUUGGCUUUUAAUUGUAAAGAAAAGCAUUUUAAAAGUUGGAGGACUUUUGACUGUUUGAGGAGGGAAAAAAAAUGAAAAUAGAAUGCACUGAGCUGAUAAAGGGAAAAUUGUAAGGCAGGAGUUUGGCAAGUGGCUGUUGGCCAUAGUAUUUUAACUCUCGAUAAAGCUUUUAUGAUUUUGUAAUCAAACAGGUACAUACUCCAUGAGGACUCCCAUACAUGCCUGACAUCUGGAGGUAUGAUGUGCAAUAGGACUGUACAAUUGCAUUUCAGUCUAAACACGUUUGUUUAUUAGCUUUUCAAAUAAAUUCUUAAUCAAUAGAGACUUGGGUUUUACUGGUCAAAUCUUUAAUCAGUGGAGACUUUGGGUUUUUUGAAACCUUUUUGAUUUUUGUUUUUAAAAUAAAUUGCUCAAGCAUUUUAAAAAUGUUUGCUGUGCACCACAUAUUUAAUGUUUUACAUAUACCAUAAUAUUUAACCCAGAACAUUUGGUUACUGCAUGUGCAUUUGGUGAUUCUGAGUCAGCCAUCCCUAAUGAACAAAUAUUCUAUAUCAUCCACUGUCAUUUGUCAAACUGCUGGCCAGUAAGAGCAGUAAAAAUAUUUGGGGGAGGUUGGAAAGAAGUUAGGAAGAGAGAAAAUUAAGUGGCAUAUUGUAAAUACCAGAUCUAUCAUUGUAAAUAUCAAACCUGCCUCAGAAUGAAUGGAAAGCAGAUCUACAAUUUGCUUAUAGGAAUAUCAGGUUGACUAUAUAGCCAUACUUGAAAAUGCUUCUGAGUGGUGUCAACUUUACUUGAAUGAAUUUUUCAUCUUGAUUUGACGCACAGUGAUGUACAGUUCACUUCUAAAGCUAGUGGUUAACUUGUGUAGGAGAUUUUUGCAGUUCGACACUAAGAUAAUGAACUUCUGUGUGCAUUUUUCUAUGCUUUAUUUUUUUAAUGUAGUUAUUUCAUUCUCAUGAGAUGUUUGGUUUGUUUAUAAAAUCUGAGGAUGGUUAUAAAUACUGUAAGUAUUGUAAUGUUAUGAAUGCAGGUUAUUUGAAAGCUGUUUAUUAUUAUAUCAUUCCUGAUAACGCUAUGUGAGUGUUUUUAAUAAAAUUUAUAUUUAUUUAAUGCA